AUGGCUUCAAGUGGGUUAAACCUUGCACAAAGACUUAGAGCUGCUAGUGCUUAUCGGACAAUUCUUAGAUCAGCUAGAUUUACAUUUACUGGAGAUAAACCAACUCUUUCACAAUUCACAUCUAAAACCAAAACUUUAUUUAUCAAUUCAAUUUUAAAUAAUCAAAAUAAUUUUAAUGAAGAAAUAGAUGGAGUACUUGAAGUUUCUAGGUACCUUCGAAGAAAUAUCGUUCAAGGAAAACAUUCGGAUGAUGGAAAACGGUUAGGUAGGAGUUUUAUGAUAAUGUCUUAUGAAAAUUCACAAUCAUAG